AUGCCACGUAAAAAGGCUGCAGACCGUGUGGGUCCGGUCAAGACCCGAACCCGCAGCGGUUGCAAGGAGUGCCGCGCGAGUCGCGUCCGCUGCGACACUCAGAAACCGGUUUGCUCCCGAUGCCGGGACAAGGGCCUUGUAUGCUCCACGGAGCUGGUACUUAAAUGGGAAUCGGAGUUUUUGAGCCGGGGCCUGGCGUUUGGUCGAGCGGGUGUCUGGAGUAAGUCCCGCACCCCUGGCACAGAGUCUCGGGGGACGGCGACAGCGUCGUUGUCGGUUGAGGAGAACGAGUGGUGCGAGUAUCCUGCUGUUGAAAACUGGGGGUUUGUGAACAGUGGUGUUUCGACCUUUGAGAACCCCCGCCAGGUGAAUGUUGCCUGUGAUGAGUUAAAUGGUAUUCUGGUCCGUGCGAAGGACAGGGAAUUGGUGUAUGGGGGUGUCGGGUCGCCUUCGUCGGUGGUGGUUGCUGACGACGGCUGGUUUGUGCGAGAGGCGUCGAGCCCGCCAGCUUCGCUGUCGCUGUUUCCGAAUAUUCCAGAGUCAAGCCAGACACACUUGUUUGAUUAUUAUCUGCAGCAAGUGUGUCCGCGGACGACGGCCAGUUCGAAACUUGCCUCACCUUUUGCCUCCGUCAUUCUCCCGUUCUGCUUGUCUGCGUCGCCGACCCUGUUCAAAGCUAUUCAAGCGCUGGGAGCAUGCCAUUGGUCGCGCUUCGAUCCGUCUUACAGCGUUGUCGGCCUUCGUUUGAAGUCUGAAGCUUUGCGAGGUCUCCGCCACAGACUCGCUACCGAGGGGUCGUUGACAUGUUCGGGUGACCCUGAAGUCUUGGUUAUUAUGAUGAUGCUCUGUCUAUACGAGAUUGUGGACAAUUGUGACCAGCGGUGGACGAUACACUUGAAAGGCGCAAAGGAGCUGAUUCGCGCCAGGAGACAAGAACAGGGGGCACUGGCAAGGUCUCGGAAAUCUCAAGAUCCUGUCUCUGCUUUUGCUGAGCUCUUCUUCGCUUUCCAGGAUGUUAUGGGCCGGACUGCCUGCGGUGAGGAGGUUCUUUUCGGGACAGAUUACUGGGAAGAGAGCGAGCAGAAAAUCGACUUGUGGAUGGGAUGCAGCCCGGAACUUGUGUCAAUCUUAUCAUCCAUCACCGAGCUUAGCCGGACGAGACGGCAGCUUACGUCCGAUUCCGCUCGGGCUGCGUUUGCCCUUCGUGCAGCGUCCCUAGGGCGUAGACUGGAGACUCUCGUACAAGAAAUUGAUGACGACGAAGACGAAAUGCUCAAGUCAGCCGCGGAGCUCAAACGAUUGGCUGCAGUGCUCUAUCUUCAUUGUGCAUUGUACGGCUCUUCUCCAUCCACCCCUUUGGUCAUUGGUUACGUGAAACGGAUUCUACGACUGGUCUCGGAAUUACUCGAUUCCCGAUCCCUGGUGAGCAUGACAUGGCCUGUCUUUGUGGCCGCCGUGGAAUUGGACCCAGUUCGCGACGAACUAUGGUCUGAUCCUACGACUAAGACUGUGGUAUAUGGACGGUCGCUAGUUUUACGAGCACUGGCAGCGAUGGCUGAAUCAAGCGUUUCGAAUGUCGCUCGCACAAGGGCUGUCAUUGUCAAGGUCUGGCAAGCUCGGGAUAGUGACAUGCUGAAAGGCUCGCCUGUGGACGCAGCAAAUGAUCACACAAGCUGCAAUGAUUGGGAGUGGUAUGUUGCCCCCGUCAGUACUGCCAUGAGUCUGGCGUGA